AUAAUCUUCUAAAGCUACACAUUUUUAGCAAAUUGUGGGACAUUUUUUUUACCAAGUUGCUUAUUGCCUCGUUUUCCCAUGUUUUUGAAAGAAGUCGCACCAGUUUUCUCAGAGUUCAAAGGUUUAAGUAUUUGCGAAAGGUGUCUGGGAGCAGCACAAGAAAAGUGAUGUCACUUCAGGUUUCAAAGGGUUAAUCAAAAAGCAGAGUGUGACAUUGAAGAAAAUAGUUGUCACCGCUGGUCAAUACCAACAACUUUCAUAUUGUAAAUAAACUCUAAACUAUUAACCAGCGAAGCUUUGUUGUUUAUCUUCACUUUCUGCUGUCGCCAGUCAAUAAAUCACCUCACACUUUGUUCCUGCAGUAAAUAAAUCUGAUCACGGGGUCGGUUACUUGUUUAGCGCAUGCUCAGUCCCGCUCAAAAGAAAGCCAAUCCUGUGCGAGCAACAGCACAGUGAUAUUUGCAUCGAGUGGAUACAAAUAAACUGUUCUUUCUUCCCACGAACACAUCCGAUUGAGAAAGUACUCGCAGAUCGUGAGUCAUGCCUGAAACCACCGUGAAAGCGCCCAAGAAGGGCUCAAAGAAAGCCGUGUCUAAGAGCGUCAGCAAGACCGGCAGGAAGAAGAGGAGACCCAGGAAGGAGAGCUACGCUAUCUACGUGUAUAAGGUGUUGAAGCAGGUCCAUCCAGACACCGGCAUUUCGUCCAAGGCUAUGGGCAUCAUGAACUCGUUUGUGAGCGACAUCUUUGAGCGCAUCGCCGGUGAGGCCUCCCGUCUGGCUCACUACAACAAGCGCUCCACCAUCACUUCCAGGGAGAUCCAGACCGCCGUCCGCCUGCUGCUGCCCGGUGAGCUGGCCAAGCACGCCGUGUCUGAGGGCACCAAGGCCGUCACCAAGUACACCAGCUCCAAGUAGACAGUCCUGCUGAGAAAUAACCAUCGACACAAAGGCUCUUCUAAGAGCCACCCACUUUAUCUAAAGAGUUCUUCCUGUUGUCUUCAAAAUUUCAGUUAUGAAAAUUACAGUAGGUUAAGUGUUAACAACAUUUCUAACCAAAUAUGUUGUAUACCACAUAAUUUUAUAUUUAGCAUGUUUUUAUAAUCAUUGCUAAUAGUAAAACAUGUUAUUUCUGAUUCUGAUUUCAGCUUUUCAGGAUACUGUUAGAGUGUGUGUGUGUGUGUGUGUGAGAGACUGCACUUCUGGUUAGUACCACUCACUGUUUCAAUACGUGCACUCUGUAAUAGCAGUUUGAAUCUACUUAAAUAACCCAUCCUGCCAUCGACAUCAAAAUACAACCAUUCCAGUUUCUCAUCUGUAAUCAGAAUAUUAAAAUUAUUUAUUUUUGGUCACAUGUCUUGAAGGAAAACUAGUCUGUAGGCCUACAAUAUCAAGAAGAUGCAGUCAUGUCCCACCUAAAUCACUGAACACAGUCUGUGUUCCUCUUGUAUAUGUUAGAAUUUACCAGCAUCAACAUCCAGAAGAACAGCAGCUCUCAAUUGUGACAUUAAAGAUAUCUGGUUCCUGAUAAAUGAGAUGUAACAUCUGAUGUGGGGACCAAAUUUGACAUGGAUGUCAUGACAUUUUGGCUUUGACUGAAUAUUUUCAUACUAUAUUAUAUAUAUUUUUUCCAAAUGAGUUGCACUUGCACUUUGAGUCUGUUUUAUAGCCUAAUAUCUCAAUAAUUAUGUGUCUCCUGCUGACAUCUGCUGUACAUCUUUACAACACUAUAUAUCUGAAGAAUCUUUAGCACUGAUGCAAACUACGGCUCAGCUUUCGUAGUGGUUAGUUACCCUGACAUUCACAUCUAUAGAUCAAAAACCAUAAACAAAAGACUUAAACAACAGCCUUAACUUAAAUGUCAUUGAGCAUGAAACUUUUCUCAUUAUUUUUUGCUUUUUCACUACAGUUUAAUCUCUAAUAUUGAGAGUUAAGGUUAGAUUGGAGAAUCGUAUUUCUUCCUGGCACAUUCAUCACUGGAUCAUCACGAUUAUUUCAAUAAAUUAAGAUCAUGUUUACUGUGUUAUGUUGUUUGGAGCUAUGAGUAACAAUUACACCACUGAUUAUGAUUGCUUUUUUCUUCUUUUAUGACUGGUUGAUCACUUUUUGUUUUCAAUAAAAUGAGUGAUCACGUUCACUAAUCUUUA